AGCGAUAACGGGCGUGAGAAGUGUACUGCCGCUUUUCGGGAGUGGCUGCUUCGCUGGAAGGGGUCUCACUGGCCCGCAGUGGGGAUGGGAAGUUGAGCAGAGAACGUGCCUUUGCCCCUCCCCUUCAUUUUUGCUUGCCUCGACGUAAGGGGAAGGUGUAUUACAUGCCUGGUUGUGCUUAAAGAUCGGGUGGCUUGAGGUAGCAGCAGAAAGCACAGCAUGGAUGCAGAAGACUCUUUCAAGGAAACUGCCCUUAUUACAGGAGGAGGUGGUUAUUUUGGUUUACGUCUAGGUUGUGCUCUUUCCAAGAAGGGAAUGGAUGUGAUCCUCUUUGAUGUCUCUAAGCCCAUCCAAGUGAUGCCAGAAGGAGUGGAAUUUGUGCAGGGUGAUGUAUGUGUGCCCUCCGAAGUGGAAAGAGCUGUCCGAGGAGUGACAUGUGUCUUCCAUGUUGCUUCUUAUGGGAUGUCUGGCCGGGAGCAGCUAAACCAAAAACGUAUAGAAGACGUGAAUGUUGGGGGAACAAAAAACAUAAUUGAAGCUUGCCGGAAAGCGAGAGUCUCGAAGCUGGUUUACACAAGCACCUACAAUGUGGUGUUUGGGGGCCAAGUAAUAGAAAAUGGGGACAAGUCUCUGCCUUAUCUGCCUCUCCAUCUUCACCCAGACCAUUACUCGAGGACCAAAGCCAUAGCUGAGAUGAAGGUUCUGGAGGCCAAUGGAAUGGCCCUUGGGGAAGGGCGAGGGGUACUGAGGACCUGUGCCUUGAGACCCGCCGGCAUCUAUGGGCCCGGAGAGCAGAGACACCUUCCAAGGAUUAUGGGCUAUGUUGAACGGGGCUGGUUUCAGUUCAUUUAUGGGGAUCCCGGCACCCUGGUGGACUUUGUCCAUGUGGACAACCUGGUGCAAGCUCACAUUUUAGCUGCAGAAGCUCUGGGAAGUAGGAAGGGGCAUAAAUCAGCUGGUCAAGCUUACUUUAUUUCAGACGGCAGGCCCGUCAACAACUUUGAAUUUUUCCGGCCUUUGAUAGAAGGCUUAGGCUACCCAUUCCCGACUUUGUGCCUCCCUCUUUCUCUUGUUUACGUCUUCGCCUUUCUCACUGAAGCGGUUCAUUUCAUGGUGGGGCGCUUCUAUAAUUUCCAGCCCCUCCUCACUUGCACAGAGGUUUACAAAACUGGCGUCACACAUUAUUUCACUUUGGAAAAGGCCAAGAGGGAGCUGGGGUAUGAUCCCCAGCAGCAUAGCAUCAGAGAAGCGGUCGAGAGGUUUAAAGCCCACAGUUACAGCCGGAAGCUUGGGAGGUACACCGCAAAACAUUUCUUUAGGGAUGUGGUGCUUGUCCUUCUGUUUGCAGUGGUGGUUCUUUCCUGGUUCCCCAGAGCAGUCAGAGCGUCUGAUGGGGAGAUCAGAUACUAACAAGGCAGAUUUCCUUGGACACUUUUAAGCAGAACUAAAAUAAGCUUAGACUUCCCCACCUGCCCUAAUCUCAUUUGCCCCAACCUCGUAAAGGCAGCCAGAAGAAACUUCUGAGAAGCUGGCCUUGACUGGAUUUUUUUUUUAGCCUUUCCGUUUCUCCGUGCACCUUUUUUAAAUCUAAGGCAUGAGUCACCAACAUGAAGCUUGUGGGCACCCAACGCUGAGCUGGAUGAACCAUUGAUGUGAUUUGGAGCAAGGCUGCUUCUUCCUCUGUUCCUGUGUUAUGUCCUCUUGCAUCCGUAACACUUUUGCCUCUUGGAACACUUGUAAAAGUAUAAUAUCUAAUAAUUGCUGGACCACGUGCUUGGAAAAACUCAGGGUUUACGGAUUUGUUGCUGACGUUUAAUUAUAAAAACACCUGCUUGCUGGCUGAUGCCUAUGGGAGGGAUUUUAAUCACUGUUUUGCCACUUCACAGUUCCUUCCUGGCACCGUUCUUGUAAAUAUACUUCUAAUUUCAUGCUUAUUUCAUGUUCCCUUGCUUGCAAUGUUCUUUCUGGAACCGAAAAAGAAAAGAAAAACAAAAAUAAAAGCUUGACCUAGAUCAUGUAAGCCGAAAGGGACUCGGAUUGAAUGUGUAGGUAAAUGAUUGAAGACCUGCAGUUACAGGCUGUGCCAGUCUUCUGUGUGUGGCAGCACUGACAGGAAAUAGCAAGCAGGUUUUUAAAUGAGCCUCCAUCCUAAUACGUUAAAUCCCAUAUGCUCUUAAAUUACUGCUGAUUUCAGAGUUUGCAGCCAGCUGAAGACCGCCUGGAUGUUUCUUGCUAUCUUCCCUAAGCCCAAAAAGAUUUAAAUGGGGGACUAAAUUACAGUUGGAGGUGAAGAUUUUUCAACAGGCAAAGGCUUCCCCCAGGCACCUGGUUGGCCACUGUGAGAACAGGAUGCUGGACUAGAUGGGCCACUGGCCUGAUCCAGCAGGCUCUUCUUAUGUUCUUAUGUUCUUAUGAUUGCUUGCAUCCCGUUUUGUUUGUUGUAGGGUCAGCCCAUUGCACGGCAUAGCCCUCCGGAGGCAUACAGGAAUGUGUGGCUGUAAUCAUAUGAGCUCUGGAGAGUGGGGCUGCACUUGCGUGCCCUCCCCACUCCAUCAGAUUCCACACCAGUACAUGCAAGAUAAACAGUGGCAGAGCACCUGCCUUGCACGUAGAAGGCCCCAGGUUUCAUCCCCGGCAUCUCCAGAUAGCACUGGGAGAGACUCCUGCCAGGAAGCAGUGUAUUGAGCUAGAUGGACCAAUGGUUUGACUCAGGUAAGGCAGCUUUUUAUGUUCCUAGCAGUGACCCCACACCAGCCUCACCCAGAUGAAGUCUUGUUUCCCUGUGUCAAGAGCGCCUGGCUUCUAAACCGUCUUCCAAAGCAGCUACUUUACUCCCAAGUUAAGGAUGGAAAACGGGAUAUUGGUGGACACCAAAAGUGGUUUAAAGAUGUUCUUAAAGUGAAUCUAAAAAAAUGUAACAUGAACAUCGACAACUGGGAAGUCUUGGCCCACGAACGUCCCAAAUGGAGGUCGGCUAUGAUCAAAGGUGCUGUGGAUUUUGAAGAAGCACAAAUACAGGGCGAACGGGACAAAUGAGCUAAGCGGAAGGGACAUCAAACAAAUAAUCAUCGUGACCAUCUUCCAUCUGGAAACCUAUAACCUCACUGCGGGAGGCUGUGUGGAUCCAGAAUUGGCCUCCACAGUCACUUACAGACCCACGGUUAAAGACCUUGUCUUGGAAGACAAUCUUACUCGGCCACGAGUGAUCGCCAAUGAAAUGAAUGUACAGACUAUGGACAAGACUGUUUUUUUCUAGUCCAGGGCAAGGAUCGUCUGCGGUUCAACUCCUUGACCGCAUUAGGAGUGAGAAUCUGGCCCUUGUGUCAUCUGAACAUGCCGCUGCCUUAUCAACAGAGACUUCUGCUGAGAGAUUUUGGCAGGAUUCUUUGCAGUCUGCUCCUGAUGAGACUUUGGUACUGUAUUUUGUUCAGUCUGAUGUAUGCUUGUGUUCCUCAGAAAUGGAACCAUGACUGUAAUGUCAUUGUCGAUGUGUUGUCCAAUGCUGAUGUCACCUUGUAACUCCGGUUGUAAACUUGCUUUGUCAGCCAUUCCUAAAGUUAAGUUUCAUUGGAGGAGGUAGGAAAGUUAAACCUCCAAACAAAAAGGUUUCUGCACAAAUUGUGAAUGUUGUUGUUCCUGAUAUUUUGCAAUCCAGUGCGUUAGAAGCAGGGUUGAGUUGUUUUGCCAUCAAGGAAACUGAGAAGUGAAUAAAGAUUCUGUCUAAGUAGGGUUGCCAGGCUCAGGGCCUGAGACUGAUCCUGUAUCUUUAGGAGAACCGAAAGUCAU